AAUUUACGCACGUAAGACCACGUGCUACGUGAUAGGGCUUCAUCCACACAGCCAUACUUGAACAGAAAAGAUGCAAAGCGACGGAAGAUCUGAGAAGCCAAAACUAACAAAAACGGGGAAGCAAAAACCAGAGCAUCUAGGGUUUUCUUCAAUCUUGUUCUUUCUUAUUUGUCUCUUUCUUCGUCUUUAGAUAUCGGUCGCUCUUUCUGUCGAUUCACUUCGAUCUUCUUCGGUUCGAAUGUGUUUAGGCCUUUAGGGUUAGAGGGCGUCGACAUAGUAAACUAGGGCUUUGGUCUCGAAUAAUAGGGAGAAUCGAAGCGGGUAGAGCGAAUUUGUGUCUGUUAGUAUGCGGGGAUUGCAGAAAUCGAAAAGAAUUUCUUGGGCUCCUGAUGGAAACCUUUGUCAGGUUAGGCUAUUUCUGUCAGAGGACUCCCCUUCACAGGUUGGAUUGGGUGCUCAAGAUCACCUCCAAGCAAAAGCAUCAUGGAUGCUGCAUUCCAGUGGAAUGGGCUCUGAUGACAGUCUGCCACCUGGAUUUGAAGGUGCUAAUUCUGCCAACCAAUUGAUGAACAAGCUGUCCCAGAUCACUUUAUGUAAAUGGAGAUGUCCUCCUAGAUAUGUGUUGAAUUUUACCUGGCAAGUUGUUGCUGGGGAAGAAAGCAAAGAGGUAGAGGUUCAAAAUAAGCGGGAGAUGAGAGUGCUUGAAGCUGUCUAUCCUCGCCCGUCUGCCAUUCCUCCAAAUCCCUCAGUUACAAUGAACAUAGAAGACUCUAAUCAUGAUGAUCAGCAUACUCCUCUAGUCCCUAUGACUCCCAUUGAAGAUGAAGAGGGAGUCACAGAUAUUUUAUCUGAUUCAAUGGCAUCAACAAAUGUUCUCUCAAGCUUGCAGCCCCCGUCACUGGGUCCUGGGAUCUCUUCUGCAUCUCAGUGCAGUGCACCAAAUGCUCUGAACACUCCUGCCCAUGAAGGAGCAGCAGCAGCUGGGAUGGCCCUUGGCGUAGAGCCCGAUGCACUGGCUGCUGCAUCUGCUGCUGCUGCCGCAAUUAUGAGUAGCAGUGAGCAAGGAUGCUUGAUUGAUCGUAACUUGCUUGUCAAGAUUCUCAGCAACCCAAAACUAGUCGAGAAGUUGGUUGUUGAUCAUGGGACAACCACCAAUCCACAAGCCAUUCCCAAGCCAACAGCUUUACCCAAUGCACCUCCUGCUCACAUUAACAGGACAGAAACUGGCACACCCUCAUCAGUAACUACUUCAGGUGGAUCCUUCUACCCAGCCCCAAAUGGUGUUGGACCAGUUCCUAGCCCUCGGCCUUCUCCACCAGGGUUUCCGGUUCCCUCCCCAUCUUCUGUGGGAACUCCAUUGGCGAAGGAUAUUAACUAUUAUAAGAGCUUGAUCCAGCAACAUGGAGGAGAGAGACAGGAAACUGUUCCACAAUUCAGCAGCCACCAUAACAAUCACCUUUUCGAAAACAAUAUUCAUAAUGAAUUGGUAAAUACCCCCAGACCAAGGGAUAUGAGGCCAAAGAUAAAUAAGCCUUGCAUCUAUUUUAACAGUUCACGGGGAUGCAGGAAUGGAGCAAACUGUGCUUACCAGCACGAUGCAUCAUUUCCGCAGCGGGUUGCUAGCAUGCAGGAGGUGCAAAGUGCAAAGAGAAUGAAAAUGGAUAGGGAGAUUACAGGUACAUAAUUGAUGCAGAUAACUUAUUUUCAGUCCCUGUAUAUUUUUGUUGGGAGGGUUUGGCUAAUUGUUACCCUUCACUCACAUUUCCUCUGGCUUUUUCUUUGGCCAAAAAAGAUAGAAUUAGUCUUUUUUUUUUUCCCCGUUUGGAGCCUACUUUAAAUUUGAAGAAUCAAUAGUUUGGUUGAGAGCCUAGAUCUUUGCUGGCCA